CUCGGCGUGUCUGCCAACCGCAAGCAUCCGUUCACCCCAGAACUUCUGCUUCAGGUGUUUCCAUUAUUCCAAUUAGACAAGCCUUUACAUGCAGCCAUGUGGGCUCUGUUUCUAGUUGCCUUUUUCACCUUUUUGCGAAAAUCUAAUUUAGUUCCCGAUGUAGCCAAUCGCAUUUCUUCCAAAGUUCCGUUGCAAGCCGAUCUAGUUUUUGACUCACAUGGCGCCACGCUUCAUAUCGCGGCUUCUAAGACUAUUCAGUACCAACAACGUUCUUUAUCAAUCCCCUUGCCUCUCAUUCCUGGUUCCCCGCUACGCCCAGUCACCGCUUUAAGACAUCAUUUGCGUUUGAACUCCGGGCCGUCCACCGCCCCAUUGUUCUCUGUUGUUUGUUCCACCUCUCAGCAGUUAUCUCCACUUACCUCUCGCCAUUUCUGCCUUUUUAUUUCCAAGGUCAUUAGCGCCAUUGGUUUAGUUCCGGCUAACUAUUCCCCCCAUAGCUUUUGGUGCGGCGGCACGAGUUUUGCGUUC